AUGACAGACUAUGGCAAGGAGCAGCAGAACAAGCUGGAGGCCCUGGAGUCCAUCUACCCCAACUCCUUCACAUAUUAUCUAUCAGAAAAUCCACCUAGCUUCACCAUCACUGUGACAUCUGAGGCUGGAGAAAUUGAUGAAACUGUCCAGACCACCCUCAAGUUUACAUACAGUGAAAAAUACCCAGAUGAAGCUCCUAUUUAUGAAAUAUUUUCCCAGGAAAACCUAGAAGAUAAUGAUGUCAUAGACAUUUUUAAAUUACUAACAUUACAGGCUGAGGAAAAUCUUGGUGUGAUCAUGAUCUUUACUCUAGUGACAGCAGUGAAAGAAAAAUUAAAUGAAAUAGUAGAUCAGAUAAAAACGAGAAGAGAGGAAGAAAAGAAACUAAAAGAAAAAGAAACAGAAGCAGAGAAGCACUUGUUCCACGGCACCCCUGUUACAAUUGAGAAUUUCAUAGGUAGGAAAGCCAAGUUUGAUGCAGAACUCCUAGAAAUUAAAAGGAAACAGAUGAAAGCAGGAAAAAAUAAAUUAAGUGGCAAACAGCUGUUUGAAACCGAUCAUAACCUUGACACACCUGAUACCCAGUUCUUGGAGGAUGGUGGAAAUAGUGAAGUAGAUGAAUCUUUGUUCCAGGAGACGGGUGACUUGGAGCUGGAGGAUGUUGAGGACAACCCAGACUACAACCCUGCUGGCCCAGGGAGUGACUCAGAGGACUGAUGCACCAUCUCUGGAAAGCUCGUCAGCCACAGCAUCUGUGGCUGUGCUGAGAGGAUUUUAAGUUCCUUUCUUUCUUUUUUUCCCCCCUAAGAAAAAAAUAACUUUCAGGAGAAUAGUCUUCUGAUAACU